GACCGGGGGCGGGGCGGCGGGCCGGGAGCCGCCGCCAUGCGCCGUCGGGGGCCGGCCUGCUGGGUGCUGCUGCUGGCCCUGGGGCUCUGCCGCGUGCCCGGGGCGCGCCCCCGGAACGUGCUGCUGAUCCUCGCGGACGACGGGGGCUUCGAGAGUGGCACCUACAACAACAGUGCCAUCGCCACCCCUCACCUGGAUGCCCUGGCCCGCCGCAGCCUGGUCUUCCGCAAUGCCUUCACCUCCGUCAGCAGCUGCUCUCCCAGUCGCGCCAGUCUGCUCACUGGCCUGCCCCAGCAUCAGAACGGGAUGUACGGCUUGCAUCAGGACGUCCACCACUUCAACUCCUUCGACAAGGUGCAGAGUCUGCCGCGGCUGCUCGGCCAGGCCGGCAUCCGCACAGGCAUCAUUGGGAAGAAGCACGUGGGGCCCGAGCCGGUGUACCCGUUUGACUUCGCCUACACGGAGGAGAACGGCUCUGUCCUCCAGGUAGGACGCAACAUCACCAGAAUUAAGCUGCUCGUCCGGAAGUUCCUGCAGACUCAGGAUGACAGGCCCUUCUUCCUGUAUGUCGCCUUCCACGACCCCCACCGCUGUGGGCACUCCCAGCCCCAGUACGGGACCUUCUGUGAGAAGUUUGGCAACGGGGACAGCGGCAUGGGGCGGAUCCCAGACUGGACCCCCCAGGCCUACGACCCACAGGACGUGGUGGUGCCCUACUUCGUCCCCGACACUCCCGCAGCCCGAGCUGACCUAGCCGCCCAGUAUACCACCGUCGGCCGCAUGGACCAAGGGGUGGGACUCGUGCUCCAGGAGCUGCAUGAAGCAGGUGUCCUGAAUGACACCCUGGUGAUCUUCACGUCCGACAACGGGAUCCCCUUCCCCAGUGGCAGGACCAACCUGUACUGGCCGGGCACCGCCGAACCCUUGCUGGUGUCGUCCCCGGAGCACACGAAACGCUGGGGCCAGGUCAGCGAGGCCUACGUGAGCCUCCUAGACCUCACGCCCACCAUCUUGGAUUGGUUCUCCGUCCCUUACCCGAGCUACGCCAUCUUUGGCUCGAAGACCGUCCGGCUCACCGGCCGGUCCCUCCUGCCGGCGCUGGAGGCAGAGCCCCUCUGGAGCACCGUCUUUGGCAGCCAGAGCCACCACGAGGUCACCAUGGCCUACCCCAUGCGCUCCGUGCACCACCGGGACUUCCGCCUGGUGCACAACCUGAACUUCAGGAUGCCCUUUCCCAUCGACCAGGACUUCUACGUGUCGCCCACCUUUCAGGACCUCCUGAAUCGCACCGCGGCCGGCCAGCCCACGGGCUGGUACAAGGACCUCCGUCACUACUACUACCGGGACCGUUGGGAGCUCUACGACCGCAGCCAGGACCCCCACGAGACCCGGAACCUGGCCGCUGAUCCACGCUAUGCCCAGGUUCUGGACCUGCUCCAGACCCAGCUGGCCAAGUGGCAGUGGGAGACCCACGACCCCUGGGUGUGUGCUCCCGAUGGUGUCCUGGAGGAGAGGCUCUCUCCCCAGUGCCGGCCGCUCCACAAUGAGCUGUGAGGGUCGCCCGGGGGACGUGGGAGGCCUCCCCACGCCCGGUCCCCACCUUUCCAGCUGAGGCGGAGGGAGGGGCAGCGACCCUCCCGUCUGAGCAGGGCUCUCCCUGAUGCUGGGGUCGUUGCUGCCACUGCGUGGAGGGGGGAGUGGUGGGGCCUGUGCCCCGCUCCUUCCUCCGCCCGUGGGAGUGGGGACGCGGUCGUCCUGGUGUCCGAGUCCUGUCUCAGCACAGGACUUGCAGGAAGGGGGGCUUGUUUCCUGGGUUCGGCUGGGGACCUGUCAAGAGCAGGCGCUGGGACCUGGGGCUCGAGACCUUCAUUCUUCGGAGCCCACAGACGUCCCCGCGCCCUUCACCCGGGAGGAGCUGGGCCUCCGUGUGUCCCACGGGUGGCGGUGGCCCCAAACUGCACCGUAUGUGGGAACCCAGUGCCUGGCUCGUGUCACUCCCUGGCCUUGAAAACUCUUCGAACAACCCUUGA